AUGACCAACAAGAGGAGAAGCAGACUUUCAAAAAAAGGAGGUGGGGAAUACUCCAAGGCCGGUAAUGAUGUGGACGACUCUGGUAAGGACCUCGAGACACCGAGUCAAACUGAAGUGGUUGACGCUGAGAAAGACAACCACCACCUACUCCAAGGGCCAAUCAUAAAUGGAGAUAGUGAGCACCCUCAAACAAGCACACAGGAAGUUCUGACCACGACAGAGGCAGACCAAAGUACUGGAACCAAUGCAAACCAUGUAGAACCCAUUGACCCAGAGAGUCAAAAUGAGAUGGAUACCAACCACAGUGGAACUUCUGAUAUUGAAGACGCAGACGAAGACGAUGAACCACCAAAACUCAAAUACUCACGGAUAAACCAACUACCGAGCAACUUCUUUAACAAGGACCCGGUCUCGUCGUGCUUUUUCCAUGAGGAGUAUUUUAUAUUUGCCACUCACUCUGGCUUCAUUCACAUAUGCACCAGCAAAUUUGUUGCAGUACGUACAUUCAAAGCACACCGGGCAUCUGUUUUGAGCACGUAUACGGAUGGCCGCUUCUUUGCAUCUGCUUCCAUGGAUGGGACUGUAGUUAUUGGAUCGAUUGAGGAUGAGAAAGAUAUUAUUGCCUACGAUUUUCAACGACCUGUACAUGCAGUGGUACUUGAUAGCAACUACGCCUCAAAGAGAAGCUUCAUUAGUGGGGGAAUGAGUGGAAAAGUGAUAUACUCAAGAAAAAACUGGCUAGGCAAAAAGACAGACUUCGUGAUUGAUCAAAAUAACGGAGCCGUUGUUGGGUUGACCAUUAUUGGUGAUUUGGUCAUCUGGAUGAAUGAUAAGGGAAUAAAUGUGUUUCAUUUGAGUAACAGAGUGAUGAUCAAGGUGUUGGAGAAGCCAAGCGAUAGUCCGAGAAACGAUUUAUACUGGCCAAGGGUAACACAACCAGAUACAGAUAGACUCAUAAUUGCAUGGAGUAAUUAUAUUUGGUCUUUGCGAAUAUCGUUAAAAGACAACUCCGCACCGAAUGCAAAAGAUCUGGAUUCAGUGCCUGUUGUUUCAUCAGGAAUGAGCAGGAUCUUGCCGUCCACUGCAUCUAUUUCAUUCCGAGCCACACAAGAGAAGAAGGUGGAAGUGGAGCAUAUUUUCAAACUAGAUGACUUGAUAUGUGGGAUUGCAAGUUAUAAGGAUGAUUUGUGGAUGGUACUUACUUACGAGCCACCAAAACGGAAGUCGUUGGACAAGGCAAGCGGAGAAACUGCAACUGACAACAAUCCUGAUUUGAAAUUGAUUAACUCUACAACGGGUGAUGUGGAGUUUGAAGAGGAGUUAGCGUUGAAAAAUAUUCAAAAUCUAGGAUUGAAUGAUUUUACAUUGGGAGCUCAUAUUGAUCAAGUUCCAAAGUACUUUAUCAUUAGUGCAAAAGACGGAGUUGUUGCACAAGAAUACCAAUUGGACGAUAGGCUACAAUGGUAUUUGGAAAGGGACGAAUUCUUGAGAGCUUACGAAGUGAGUGAGCAUAUAGUUUCUCCAAUGAAGCGAUUGAGCUUUGGUAUCCAAUAUGUUGACCUGUUGGUGAAGGAGGACGAGUGGAAGAAAGCUGCAGAGUUUUUGAAGAAUUUGUUGCCAUUGAGGGAUGAAGCUGGAUUGGAGGAACAAACGAGCAGCCCUGAUGAAGAAGAGCUUACACUGCAGCAUGCUCUGCAUCCAGUUGAUGAAAUGCGUAAAGAGAUUAUUAGCCAGUGGCAGAUCUGGGCACAUAUUUUCAUCAACAGUGGACAUAUCGAUGAGUUGAGUCUUGUAAUACCAAAAGUCUCUGCUCUACCUGCAGGGUUGUUCACAAAGAUCUUUACAUAUUGGAUAGAAAACGGAGCAGAAAGGGCUUGCGAGUUGAUUUCGGACUGGCCUACUGAGCUAUACGACAACAACACAAUCGAGUCUGACUUGAAAAAACAAGAAUCUCACUUGAAAGAUGCCAACAGCGAACAUUACAACCAUAUAGAAAGGGCACUUGUCACAUUUUACGACAAGACAUUCCAGCCACUCAAAGCGGUUCCACGUCUUGAAAAAUUGAAGGAUAAACACAUUGUUGAGUACUUGGCAAAGAACCAUAUAUUAAAAAAUUUCGUGUCGCAAUUGCCAACAUUUAUUACACUACAAUUUGAUGAUGAUGAAGCUAUUUCAAGGUGGCCAAUUGAUAAACUUGGUGAAAAGCUAUCACCCACAGUUGACACCUUGGUGGAUCAUCGGCUUGAAAUACCCUCGUCUGAGAUUGUUGAAUUGUUUAAAUCUCAUCCGCGAUUGUCAUUUAUCAACUACUUCUAUUUAGCUCGGUUGCAAGAGAUAGACAAAUUGUUGGUUAAAGAUUACGGAGAUGAGUUGAUUGAAUUGUACUCCAAUUAUUCGAGACGCAACUUACUACCGUUUUUUGUGGCUAGUGAUGAAAAUGAUUCCUUGCAAAACACAUACGACGUUGACAAGGCUAUUGAAAUUUGCAAACAAAACAACUUUUACCAAGAAUUGAUCUAUUUGUUGGGCAAGAUUGGCGAAAAUAAACAGGCACUAAACUUGGUGAUUAAUAAGCUUGGUGAUCCACAGAUGGCCAUUGAGUUUGCCAAAAGGUUGAACGAUAAAGAUACCUGGAGCUCACUCAUUGACCAAUCUUUGGAUAAGCCAAACUUUCUAAAGAUUUUGAUUGAGCAAUCGGAUGAGUCUACAAACCCUUUUUAUGAUCCGGUAAGCAUUUUGACAAAGAUUACAACAAAAUUUGAUUCAGGGUCAAAAGUUGGUGAGAAUGACGAUGGUUUAGACGAAGUGCAUCUGCAAAUUUAUAGACAAUUGAGUCAAAGUAUAAUUGAGUUUUCCAAAAAUAACGAUUUGAACAGGUUGAUAAACCAAGUUGUGUUGAAAAUGAUUGAUCAAAGUUCGCAAGAAAUUGCCCAGUUCUUGAAGCAGUCGUUAUUGCUGGGACGCCAAUAUGAUUUAGAAAAGGAUGAUGAAAAAUCCGUCCAGAUCGAGACUAGUUUACAGAACUGGGAGCCAAUUGUACUAAAUUAA